UAUUUAUAGGCACGCUCCCUUCAGCUCAGUCUACCCGAGGCCUGAAAGAUGCUGCUCAUCGUCGUCCUUUCGCUCUUCUACUUCAACACGUCUCUGAGCCUAAAAAUCUGCUCCUUCAACGUGAAGUCCUUUGGAGAAGCAAAAAUAGCCAGACAAGAAGUCAUCGAUGUCAUUGUAAAGGUCAUUUCUCGCUGUGACAUCAUGCUACUGAUGGAAAUAAAGGAAAACAACAACAGAAUAUGCCCCUUUCUGAUGGAGAGGCUGAACAGAUGGCCAAAAGGGCCAAAAGAAGAAUACAGCUAUGUGGUCAGCAAAAGGCUGGGAAGAAAGACCUACAAGGAGCAGUACGCGUUCAUCUACAGGCCAAAUCUGGUGUCGGUGAAGCAAAUCUAUCAGUAUCCUGAUCUCCAGCCUGGGGACGAGGACGCCUUCUCCAGAGAGCCCUUCAUCAUCUGGUUCCACUCCCCCCCGGCGCCUGUCAAAGAGUUUGCUGUAAUCCCUCAGCACACCACACCAGAAACAGCGGUGCGGGAGAUUGAUGAGCUCUACGAUGUGUAUUUAGAUGUAAAGCAGCGCUGGACCACUGAGAACUUCAUCUUCAUGGGGGACUUCAAUGCUGGCUGUAGCUACGUCCCAAAAAAGCAGUGGAAGAACAUCCGACUGAGGACUCACCCUGAAUUUGUCUGGCUAAUCGGUGACAAAAACGACACAACAGUUAAGAGAAGCACAAGCUGCCCAUACGAUAGAAUCGUGGUCAGCGGGGAAGCGCUCAUCGGAGCCGUGGUGCCACGCUCGGCAAAUAUCUUCGACUUUCAGAAGGCUUUUCGGCUCACCGAGGAGCAGGUACAGCGCGGCCCUGGCCGCAGCGUGCCCGGCAGGCAGCCCGGGGGGCGGCAGCGUGGGGUGAGGGCUUUGAGCAUGAUCUUAUCUGUAGAGCUGACCCUGUCCUCCAGAGAUUAA